AUGAGAGUUCCCUCCAGCAGCCUGAGCAUGGCCCCACUGUUCCUGCCCCUGCUGAUAGCCCUGGCCCUGGCCCCGGGCCCCACGGCCUCAGCUGAUGCCCUGGAAGGGGACAGCUCAGGUAAGCGNNCCUUCCGCGUGCGCAUCUCGGGCGACGCGCCGCUGCAGGGCGUGCUGGGCGGCGCCCUCACCAUCCCGUGCCACGUUCACUACCUGCGGCCGCCGCCGGGCCGCCGGGCCGUGCUGGGCUCCCCGCGGGUCAAGUGGACCUUCCUGUCCGGGGGCCGGGAGGCCGAGGUGCUGGUGGCGCGGGGGCUGCGCGUCAAGGUGAGCGAGGCCUACCGGUUCCGCGUGGCGCUGCCCGCCUACCCGGCGUCACUCACCGACGUCUCCCUGGCGCUGAGCGAGCUGCGGCCCAACGACUCUGGCAUCUACCGCUGCGAGGUCCAGCACGGCAUAGACGACAGCAGCGACGCCGUGGAGGUCAAGGUCAAAGGGGUCGUCUUUCUCUACCGGGAGGGCUCUGCCCGCUACGCUUUCUCCUUCGCCCGGGCCCAGGAGGCCUGUGCCCGCAUCGGAGCCCGCAUCGCCACCCCGGAGCAGCUCUACGCCGCCUACCUCGGGGGCUAUGAGCAGUGCGAUGCUGGCUGGCUGUCCGACCAGACCGUGAGGUAUCCCAUCCAGACCCCACGGGAGGCCUGUUAUGGAGACAUGGAUGGCUUCCCUGGGGUCCGGAACUAUGGCGUGGUGGACCCGGAUGACCUCUAUGAUGUCUACUGCUACGCUGAAGACCUAAAUGGAGAGCUGUUCCUGGGCGCCCCUCCAGACAAGCUGACGCUGGAGGAGGCACGGGCAUACUGCCGUGAGCGGGGUGCAGAGAUCGCUACCACGGGCCAGCUGUAUGCAGCCUGGGAUGGCGGCCUGGACCGCUGCAGCCCCGGCUGGCUGGCCGAUGGCAGCGUGCGCUACCCCAUCGUCACGCCCAGCCAGCGCUGCGGUGGGGGCCUGCCUGGCGUCAAGACUCUCUUCCUCUUCCCCAACCAGACCGGCUUCCCCAACAAGUACAGCCGCUUCAACGUCUACUGCUUCCGAGACUCUGGCCAGCCCUCCACCAUGCCUGAGGCCUCUGACCCAGCCUCUGACGGGCUGGAGGCCAUUGUCACAGUGACAGAGACCCUAGAGGAGCUCCAGCUGCCGCGGGAAGCUGUGGAGAGCGAGUCCCGGGGAGCCAUCUACUCCGUCCCCAUUGUGGAGGAUGGGGGAGGUGCAAGGUCCCCUCCAGAAGACCCGGCGGAGGCCCCUAGGACCCUCCUCGAAUUCGAAAGCCAAUCCAUCGUCCCUCCCCUGGGGUCCUCAGAAGAGGAAGGCAAGGCUUUGGAGGAAGAAGAUGAAGAGGAGGAAGAGGAGGAGGCAGAGGAGGAGGCCCUGUGGGCCUGGCCCAGCGAGCUCAGCAGCCCAGACCCAGAGGCCUCUCUCCCCACUGAGCCAACCCCAGAGGAGUCACUCUUGCAUGCCUCCCCACCACCAGCGAGGCCAGUCCUACAGCCUGGUGCCUCACCACCUCCCGAUGGAGAGCCAGAGGCUCCCAGGCCUCCAAGGGUCCUUGGGCCACCCACUGAGACUCUGCCCACUCCCACGAAUGGGAAACUGGCCUCCCCACCACCUCCCACUCCGGUUGGGGAGAGAGAGGUGGGGGAGGAGGCCGGGGGUCCUGAGCUGUCUGGGGUCCCUCGAGGAGAGAGUGAGGAGACAGGGAGCUCUGAGGAUACCCCUGCCCUGUUUCCAGCCACACGGGCCCCUGAGGGUGCCAGGGAACUGGAGGCCCCCUCUGAAGAGAAUUCUGGAAGAACUGUCCCAGCAGGGACCUCAGUGCGGGUUCAGCCAGUGCUGCCCACUGACAGCGCCAGCCAAGGUGGAGUGGCCGUGGCCCCCUCAUCAGGUAACUUCGCCCAAGGCUCAACCUCCCUCUUCCUCCUCCUCCCCUUUCUCCCCCUGAAGCUCUGGGUCACAUGA